CCCAUCCUUCUCAAGCCACCACGGAAGCUGCAGAAGCCACAAACUCAAGACCCAACACACUCAUCAUAAAGACCCUACCGGAUGCCCCACAUAUCCCUCACCCGCCCGUCGCCAAACACAUGGCUUCUCACCCUUUCUUCGCCACCCAACAACCUUCUCUCAGCUUCUGCUCUGCAAGAUCUCAGCGAGGCGUUGAAUGUUGUUGAGUAUGAGUGGCUGGCUCGUUCUCCCACGUCAUCCGCGUCCUCGACCCAGCUCAAGAAAGAGGACAACGCAAAGAAGGCAAACAUCAAGGGAGCUGGAGCUGGAGCUUUGGUGCUCACCGGAGAAGGUAGAUCUUUCAGCGCGGGUAUCGACCAUCUUGCUCUUUUCCAACUCGCCAAGCAGGGCGGCGACCCUGACUCGUUCUUUCCCAAGGUGUUCGAUCCGGUCCUAUGGAGGCUGAUGACCUUCCCGCUAUACACAGUAGCUGCUAUCAACGGACAUGCUAUUGCCGCGGGGAUGAUACUUGCUCUGGCGUGCGACCACCGCAUCAUGACGUCCGGGAAAGGCUUUUUAAGCAUGAAUGAAAUCACACUCGGCACCACCCUCCCCAGCUCUUUCGUUUCAGUCCUCUCCACUGCGUUCCCUAGUCGCCGUGACCUGCGAGAUACUGUGGCAGGGAAGCGCUGGGUCCAAAACGAUCUUUUGAAGCUGGGGCUAGUUGAUGAGGUGUCUGCACCUGGAGAAUUGCUCAAGAGGAGCGUUGAAAUCGGACAACAAGAAGGGGUCAAGGUCGCUCUGGGCAAUUGGGGGAGAAUCAAAUCAGCAAUCCACUCUCGAACCUAUCCUCAAUCUCCCGCCCGCCCGCCUGUUAGUCCCCAAGACUCUGCCAUCAUUCGUCGCCCAGCUCAGCCAGGAGAGGCGCCAACAGGUGGAGAUGAGAGUCAGACAGAGGAUGAGAAAAGGAGGAAAGCUCUAAUGGAUAUGGAAGGGGUAGAUAAACUAGAGACUGGGAGAUGGAGAGAGGCAGUUGGGAUAGGGUUGAUGGAGGUGGAGGUUUGGUUGAAGUCGGCGUGACUGUAAUAAGUCAAGAAUAUGAACAAAAGAGCUAAUUCACGAAGUAUGCGCCCCCAGAUAUUCUCUCCAUGAUGCUAUAU